GGGCGUAAGUUAAUUCUGUAGCGAUCCACUCAACUGCUCCAAACAAAACAUUACUAGGGUGUGUUGACUGUGUUCAUAUCAUCUAGUUAUUAAGAACAUUAUUUCGAUUUUAUUGUGUAUUGGAUACUAGGGAAAUGCAUGCUGGUAGCUUAGAAAGUGCUGGUUCGCCAAGGAAAAGAACGCUUUCUCGGGGAGUGAGCGAGGAUGAGUCACUUCGCAACAUCAUCAAGGAGACUGAGAGUCCGGCCAGGCGCCUGACACGCAGUGACAGCAGAGGAGGGAACUUUAAGUGGAGAAGUGGCAGUCAGCAGUCUGACGAGGAUCAAGAACUGAUCAUGGAACUCCCUGAAAUGUUUGAUCUGCAAGCGAGUUAUGACGAUGUAGUGCAGGAGCUGCGUGGGCUGGAGCUGCAGCGAGAGACUCUGUUGUUCCAGGUGGACGUUCUGCAGGACGCCCUGGAGGGGGCUGAGGAGAUGCUGGCCGAGGCCCAGAGAGAGGCCAGCCACACCACCAUGGAGUUGGAGCGAGAGAGGGAGUCCAAGAGGAAGUUGGAAGACAUGGUCAGCUCUCUGUUGCAGGCGGUGGAGAGGUUAGAAGAGGAGAAGAAUACCAAACCAGCAGUGCACAUGCUCGUCAGGGAGCAGGAGAUGGCUGGACAACAAGCACAAGAGAUGGACAUCAAAAAGGAAGGACCGGAUCAAAUCGGGAAUGCACCCAGGGAUGAGGGCAGCGAGAGCCCCAGUCCGAAUAACCGGCUGUCAUUACAGAAGGCCAAUGGGGAGCAGCCGUUGGACAGUCUGUCCCAGCCCCCCCUUCUCAAGAAAGCUGUGUCGGGGUCCUCUGUGGACUCUGAGUAUGUAGAGAAAAGGGCAGAUGACAGCUUCAAAUUAAAUAAUAUGACCAAUACGUUUACUGGGCCACUGGUGCUGGAAAGCCAAAGCCAUUGGGACAGCCAGGCAGAGGAUGGGCGUGACCGGUCUCCUGACAGGAACAACGACACAGAUAGCAUCAGCGCAUACGAAGACGCCUGUGCCGAAACACCCGAGCUGGAUGAGGGCGAUGGGCCAAGGCUGCCCCAUGAUGAAGGCUCCCCAGUGGAUGACAUUGAGGGGGAACUUAUCUUAAAUGGCAGUGAGCCCAAAAACCCCAAUGAUUCUUGCGUUCUGUCGUAAGAGUUACAGAAGUGUCAUGGCACGAAGGGUGACAUCUGCUCUGAGAUCACUGCUCUUACUUUCUUUCCCUUGAUAAUAUAAUGCCAUUCAGCAGAUGCCAUUUAAAGUAAUGGGUGCAUAUAUAUUUUUUACGUUUUAGAAAGUAGUUAAAUACAAUAUUUUCCUGGACCAGGGCUCUCAUACAGUACAAUCCAUCUACACCUAUGUAAGUGUAGAGUAAACACAGAGUUAUCUGAAUACAAUCAGGUAGGGUGGCAUUUCAAUAAUGUUUACAGAUGCCUAUAAAAUCAAUCUCUCUCCCUCGGCAUGUUUGGGAUGACGUGCAAGUCAUAGUUUUCCCGCUGUUUGGUUUUCCACCUCCCUUGGUUACUUAGUGGCUGAUAAUUCAUAACUCUAGGGUUUGCACACACUGAACAAUUGUGUGUUUUAGGAAAGACAGAAGACCUCUAGCAUUCUAAACGGGUGUAUUAUGUAAUUUGUAGAUAACAACAUAUUUUAGUGUUUUCAGUCGGUUAAGGCCCUAUUCAAAGAUGUUUGUUCCACAUCAAAACUAGGAUUCCAACAUCCAUCAUCGCAGAUUGUUCUGAAAUUGGUUCUGUUAUUAAACAUAUUAGUAAAAAAUCAAAUUUCAUCCCUGAAAAACAGUUACAUUCAAAUUGACCAUUUGUCUUACUGAAAUGGAAUGACUGCUGAUCUAGGACCAGGACCUCAUCUGUCCAUGUAAUCUUAUAAAUCAUGUUUAGAAAGGCCAAAUAUUCUCAGCAAUAGAACCAUGCUUACAUAUAAGUAGUUGUCACAAAGUGCUUAAACAGAUAUCCAGCCUAAGAUCAGAACAAGCAAAGCAGAUUUUGAAGCAUAGUGCAGAUUUUGAAUAAUUUAGGCCUAGAUUAACAACUAGGUAGACUGUGGAAAGGGACAGCAAGGAGUUGUCAGGCCAGGAAUGGUCCAGGACUCUCCUUGGUUGAGUGAGUUUGGGCCAUGAACAGAACACUAACUAACCUGAGACAAGGCUGAGUAUAGCCCACAAAGUACUCCCAGAACACAAUGCCAUUUAGUAUAAUGAAAUUACCCUGGCAUGUUGUGAUGCACCCUCUUAGGGACAGCAUGUGAAAGUGCAAUUAAGCCAGUGACUCAGACUUGUUUAUAAGUGGAGAGAGAGGCUGGUCAUGCAGGGUCGUCCGUUUAAUGAUUUGCAAGUUAUACUUAAAUCAGCCCUAGCCUAACAGGCAGUCAAUGUUCAGAGGCUAGUACUGCAGUGAUAGGAUUUAUUUUUGGGGGGAGUUCUGGUCAAGAGUUCUGGUUAUUUAAUCAGCCUUGUUGAAGCUCUAGUUGAAGAUUUAUUUAGUUGAUAAUUAGCCUGAAAAAAGAUUACUCAAUCUUUUAUCGUUUUCCAAUCUAAAGAUUUGCCUUUUUGCAGAUGUUACUAAGCUAAACUAAAAAAAGCUGUUAUUGAAGUAUUGGUUUGCAUGUUUGUCAAAAUAGAGACCAGUUCAGAGUAACGGUUUGGUACUUCAGGUUUGUUUGAGAUUAUUUUAAAACCAUCAACAUUCAGUGUCAGUCCUUGGAACUAAGAACUAGUUUCUCUGUUUUAUUCUUGUUUAAAACUAGAUUCUACCAUUUACAUUUAUAUCUAAAGCACAGGCUUCCAAUUUAGUUAGUUGUCUGCCUGGUUAUGUUUCAUUGAAAUGGACAGCCUUGUAUGGUCUGUACAGCAGUGAAGAUUGAGUGUUUCUGAAUGACGCCAAAAUAUACGAUGUAGCAAAAGUUGCCCUGAAACAGAACUUUGACAUUUACCUUUUUAUUUGAAGGACAGACCAACCACCAGGGUAACUGAUAUAUUUCAAAAACAUACAAUCUGAACUGGGCUAAAUGUUAUCCAUGUAAACAUUUACCCAGUCUCUACAAAUGAAUGUUGUGAUCGAUUUUUGUUGAAGGUGGCAGGUCAAGAAAGAGGACCAGUUAUUAAGAAUCAUGAUUUAACACUACUGAAAUGUAAUUAACCACCUUUAGGAUUGCAAUCAGACUGUUUUACAUAUAUUGUUUGUGUUUAGGAAUGCAUGAGUUGCCAGGGGUGAGUUAUAACAUGUUACAUGUAAUGUGAUAUAGGUAAUUAAGUAAUUUUCAGGAAUAAGUAAGUUUAUUCCUGGGGUUUAUUGUCUAACUGUGGACAUGUAUUUCUAAAUGUGAGUACAUUUCAGUUCAUGUAACAGUGCUUUAGUACAGAUUUUCAGUACUCUAACCACCCCUGUGAGUUGCUGUGGAAUGGCUUUAUAAAAGCAAACUACUAGUAACUCAGAGGAAUGGAAGAUUCAAUAUACUGUUGUUCAUCAGUUUAUUUUUUAAAAGGUUCUGCGUAAAGGUUUGUCUUUUUUAGAUGAAGCUUUAUUACUGCCUCUGUCGGUGUAUUUGGUACACAUCCAGAGGAUAUGGUUGUACAUAGGAAGGCCAAGCACAGGAAGUCGCUCAUUUAGUUGGAAUAAGGUGCAGUAGAGAGCUGGAAGUUUUGGAGGCCUUAACAUUUUCUCAAUGUUGAGGGAUACGAGAAAAAACAAUACUUGAGUGUCUCUAUUGUUACAAGGUCCUAGCAGUUCACUGCGGACUCAGGACAAACACAUUUUAGAAAAAAUCUCUAUUUAGGGAGAAGUCUUAGUUAUGUUUAUAAUGAUCAUUCUUUUUUAUUCAAAAAGGUUCAUGGCUUUGUCCCUGAUAAUGUAAUUGAUGUUUUAAAUUUGCAGCUGCAUCAAAACACUUUCAUAUAUUUUUAUUAUUUUCAGUCAAGCAGGAAUAAGUUUUCUUUUAUUUUACACAGUACUUUCCUGUAGUUAGAGGACUUAUUUUUGUGGAUCAUUCCAAUUUUCUGCUUCAGGUUUUGAUUAAAUUCUGCAUACAGGGAGCUAGUUUCUUGUGGCAGAAAAUAUUUUCUACAUUGUAAUCUCAGAAAAUGUCCAUAAUAAACCUGCACUAAUAGUGGAAUGAUACUGUUCCACAACAUUUGCUCACUGAAAAUGAUGUGGGUUAAUAGAAAAGCACAUUCCAAAAUACUGAAUUUUUAUUGGUCAAAGUGACAACCCCUCUCUUCCAUCACUAAGACACACUAGCAACCAGCGAACGCAGAAGUCAGCAAGCAAAAUCUGUCAUUUCUGGGUUGCUAACAUUCUACACAGGUCACUCAAUUUCUCUUCAAGUAAGAAAGCAAUCACUGAAUAUUGUAGGAAAUCGUUAUUACACCCAAAUUGCUUUUUACAUUUUUGAAAUAUUCAACAAUGUAGUUUUUACAACUUUUGUAAGCUGGUUGACCAAAAGUGAAUUUCUAUUUUUUAUUUGGUGUAAUUCAGUUGAUUCCCACAAGGUGGAAGCAAAUUAGGGAUAUUACCUUUAAUGUUGCAGAAAUCCCCAGUAGUGGGUGCUGUGGAACAAUUUUCCAGUAUGUAUUUUGCUUGGUUAUGCCUGGAUGGUAAAGUAUAAUCUAGCUCUUCCCUUCACGGUCAGGUAUUGAUCUACUUCAUCACAUGGCUAUCACCAGUUAGUGUGUGUGUGUGUGUGUGUGUGUGUGUGAAUGAUGUUGUCUCUGUAUAUUAACUCAUGGGCUGUGUUGUUCUACUCUAACUGUGAGUUGUGUAACAGACACGCAGAGCUGAGUUACAUUUCUUUCAGUUUAUAUCCUCAGUGAGGUUUAACAGGUUUUCUAUUAUUCUAACGUCCCUAGCUAGAGGGAGUCUGGAGACCUUUAUGCGUUUGUGUUGUCAAGAAAUGUACAGACUUUUAGAAGUCUUAGUUUAAGGUCAAAGUGAUGUUGUGGUUUCUGGAAGUGUAAUAAUUGAUAGUCCAGUAGCCCAGAUACAGGUGGAAAAAACUACAAAACCCAGUGAGUUGAUAAUGACUCUAAAGACCUUUCGAUGUAGUCCGUGAGGAACGCUGUAUUCUGCUCGGGAAGCUUGUAAACAUUAGCUAUAAAUAGUGAUUGAGUAGGAUGUACAGAUUUCAUGACCAAAUUCAAAUACUGCACACUGAAGAAAAAGCUGCAAAGCUGAGAAAUCUGUGUAUGGUAUCCUAAUGCGUAGGUCUGCAAAAUAAUUCCUAUCCGUUUUGUUUUUAGCUCAUUUAAAUGUGAUGCAUUUUAGCGCCACCUCUGCAGAAUGCACAGCUCCACGGAGGAUAUGAUCACUAGCUUCACCAGCAAGACAGGCCAUACAUCAGGUUCAUGAUCAAUGAUUAGUCGACAGUAAAUGCCUUCAACCAAGGGAGCUAACAUUAAGUAGUCUCGACGUGAGAUGUGAGGUAUUAUCACAACCUGUUAAUUAAUGACAGAAAUCGGGGAAGUCUUGUAUUCAUGUACAAUUACUGAGGCCACCACCGUGUUUAGUUGUAAUCAAACUUGCUCGAAGCACAGACAACCUGCUAUCUGGGCAAGAGGAGGUAACUGUUGUCUAUGGCUGGAUUGUAGGAGAGGCCAGUUAUCUGCCUAUGCUAUGUUCACAGAAGGGUAGACAUCUGUUUGCAAUAAGCAAUGGAGUUGUGUGGGUCAGCUUUAUAUCACCGACCCUCCUACUCUGAGAUGCUUUAUGUACACUGUCCCAGAUACAGGCAAGACUGUAAUCACAUCAGGCAGACAAAGCCAGCUACUAAAGCUACAGGGAAUGUUCUUAGGGAGUUCUUUUGAUUUAUGGAUAUAAAACCACGUUUGUUUUUUUUACUGUCUCACAGGCCGUCACAGGGACAUUUCUUUUGAUAUACAAGAAGGACAUGGUGCCUUUCAUGCUGAAUUUACUGAAUUUAAUCAAGCUUUAAAUAUUAUAACAUGUCUAUUGUUUGAAGUUGAACAUAGUAUAAUACUAAGUGAAAUUGCGUUUCAUUUAAUAAUACAAAUGUAAUGAACCUGAGUAUACUUUCUAUGUACAGUAACAGUACUGCAUGCUAGUAGUCCUUGUAAGUAUAGGUCAUGUUUGCACAACUGUAGUGAAACUACAGAAUUGGGGAAUACCUUACAUGUUAUUCUUUUGUUUUUGACAUUGCUGAGCAAUGUUUGCUUUGUUUUUGUUCUGUCUCCACGCCUUAACUUUAACACAAGAUCAUCAUUUGAAGAGUUACAAACAUUGCUGCCCUUUAACCUGUUUAGAGGAUUUUGGCUGCAGCCCAAAUGGUGCCCUAUUUUUUUUGUAGUAAAUUACUAUUGACCAGGGCCCAUAGCGCUCUAGUCAAAAGUGGUGCCUUAUGAAGGGAGUGGAGUGCCAUUUGGUUUGUGCAUACAGUAACAUUCCUGUACUAUACAUGUUUGAAGAUGGAGAGGUCAAAUGUAUUUGAUGUUUUUUAAUCCUCCUUUUUUUUUAAGUUUCCAGUGCUUCUGUUUCUAAGACUUUCUCUUUUCUUAUUGAAAAGUACACCGUGCUGCUGCAUGUGUUUUAUGAAUUUGGUUGCAAAUCGUACACUGUGUCCACUUUUUGUAAUGUUGGGGAUUUCUGUGUCAAGUCAGAAUGGAGUUCUUACUUUGACACUGUGAAUAGGUUUUUUCUCAUUGUCUUUAUUGCUUGAAUUUCUGUUUCUGCAGGAGAUAUGAACUCUACUUGUAACGUUUCUAAAGGUUUUCUAAUUGUAAGGUUUCUCUACUUGUAAGGUUUCUACAGUUUUUGCAAUAGUGUUCUGGUUAUAAUGAUGAACGGUUAUGUGUCAUAUUGUUAAAGCUCCUCAAUUUCACAAUUUAUCUAGGAACAAUAAGAUAUUUUCUGAAAACAAUAAAUAUCUAUCUUUGAUACAAAAUCUAAGUAGUUGUUAUUCCUGCAGGGUCUCGGCACAGUGGUGUCCAAUAGCAUGCUGAAGUAGGUUUCCACAACUAGUUUGUGGUUUGUACUUGCAAACAGGAUUUGCUGCAUCAUUUGACAUGCUUUAAAAUGUGUUAUAUAUUUAUAUAUAAUUCCUGAGUGAUAAUGCUUAUGCUUAUCAAUGUUUUCACCAAAUGUUUUAAAAACACAUUUUAUGUAUUUGCUGAAUUAAUUUAUUUUAAAGAAUAAAUAUUUUCU